AUGAUCGGCGUGUCUGAAGAACAGAAAAAUUUAAGUUUAACUGACCAAGCAGCUCAGAAAAUUUAUUUUGGUGAGAAUUUAAUUAACGCCAUUGAGGAAUUUAAAAAUAUAGAAGGUUCUCAAAAACUGUGUCGGAAAAUAAACCAAGAAUUAAAAUUUUUAAAAAAGGUACUUAAAAACAACCAGCUGAAGAAAGAACAUUUACAAUGUUCUAACCUUACUCAUUUCGCGGCUCUUAUAAAUGUACUCAAAACAGUGGAAAAUUGUAAAAGUGUUAAUAAAGUGUUCUUACUUAAUGACAAAAAAGUAACCGUUGAUAUUGUUAGUGAUGGAGGCUUAACUUGGACUAAAGUAAUAGCACGGAAUCCAAAAUCCGUUAGUCAAAUAUGUAUGGGAAAUGCCAGUUAUGGCGUGAGAAGCAUCAUUGAUCAAGCAGAAGAAUUUUCGGAAUGCGCCAAAUUCCAGCCGUGCUUAUUUCAAACUCCAAAGAUCAUAUUUAUUUUCACCAACGGCGUUAGUCACAAUAUAGCUAGUAAAUUGGAAACAUAUGGCAUCACUGUAAAAGGAACCAGAUUAGAAGAUUUAAAUGAAAUUGACGAAGAUGAUGUUGAUUUCAGUGAUACAGAUGACGAAGCUCAAGAGUACAAUACAGAUAAUCUAUCUGGUAUUACAGAAUUGUCUACCAACAAUGUAUCGAGUAUAAGUAAAGUUAACUUGGACGUGUCGGCGAUGUUAGCCUAUUGCAGUUCUGUAACGAAUGGUAGUGCCGCCAUUUACGAUUUUGAAGUCCCUGUUCUGAAACAGCAGGCUGCAUGGGAAAGGUUAAGGCCUCAGAAGCAUAUUCUAGAAGAUUUUUUUAAAGACAAGAAAUUGUAUUGUUGUCAGACAGCGAAAGAUAACUUUGAGAACAUUGUGAAGACGGUUGGAGGUCCAAAUGAAAAUGUCCGUGCCAAGGAACUACUAGAACGACUUGUGGUUCUUCCGGAUGAUGCAGACUAUAGAAGCACCUCUGAAAAUGAUCAAUUUAACGAAGUGUUUAAUAAGGUUCAAUAUACGAACGAUUCGUUGAAAGUCGGGGGAAAAAUUAGACAGAGGUCGUUAACGAUUUUUACGUUUGGUGAUAGAAUUCGGGCAGUUACUGUCUCAGCGAAUGAAGGAUUUGUAAGAGCUGCUAGGCAACAGGGUGUUAAUUUUGUGGUAUUCAUCCACGAAUCGAGAGCUUUAACAGAGCAGAAGGAGAAAACAAAAGCGAUUCCUAUUGCUAAAUAGUUAGAAGGUAUUUACAAUAUCAAGUGCCUUUUUGUUUUUUUUUUUAAAUAAUUUGAAUAAACAUGUUAUUGAAAACUAUAA